AUGCCAAGAGUUACUCCAUCCCCUUCAGUAGUUUCUAGAGUCAGUGAACGAAUCUUUAAUCGAACACGAGAAGCCAUCAGAAAUAAUCUACCACAUUUCCGUGUAGGUAAGACCCAGUUAUACUUUCCCAAUGCACGUGUGGUACUAUUAAGACCGAAUGCCAAACAUACACCAUACCAAGCUAAAUUUAUUGUUCCCAAGAGUUUUAACAAGCUAGAUCUUAGAGAUUACUUAUACCACGUCUAUGGACUAAGAGCUUUGAAUAUCACCACACAGUUGUUACACGGUGCGAUCGUGAAAGAAGUCAAAGGUAGAUAUAGAGGACCCCAAAUCAAGAAGAUGACUAUUGAAAUGGAACACCCUUUUAUAUGGCCUGCAGAACCAGCACCUGGUGAGAAUAAUCUUUGGAAUCCUGAAUUGAAUGCUGAUAUCAAUAAGCAUAGAACCGUAUCUAUGAUUGGACAACUUGGUUCUAAUAAGGAAAAACAUGAGAAAUUGUUCGAAGGGGUUGCUGAACCUUUUGAAAAACCAGCUUCAGUAUUUAUUGGCCGCCGUUUAUCGGCUAAGAUGAAUAAUAAGAAAUCCAAAGCUAAAGAGAUGAUUGCCUAUCAAGAUGAACUUCUUGCCAUAGAAAAACGCCUACAACAACAGCAUAUAUCAUAA